AGCAGACAUAACAUAACCUCUAACCUCGUUUUUUUAAAUCAACCAGUGUCAAGUUAAGUCACGUUCUUUUCUUUUCAAACAUAGUUUCUAUAAAAUAAUAAUUUUUGGUAACUCCUUACUUCCGUGAUAAAAUAUCUUUCUACUGUUCCCAUCUUUAUUGAAAAAUGAACCCGGUAUUUGGAAUACACGUGGGGAAUUCUGGAGCAUGCUUGGCUAUGUGCAAGAAAGAUGACUCCAAGUUCCAAAUUGAAGUUAUAGCAAACCAUGCCGGGGAAAGAGUUACACCUGCUAUCGUUACGGUCACUGAAAAUGAAAAUGUUGUUGGAACAGCAUGCAAAUCAUUAAUGAUCUCACGCUGGAAUACCACUGUCGUGUGCAACAAACGCAUGCUGGAUACAAACACCCCUGAACUAGAAAAUGGCCAUCGGAGAGUGGCCACUGUGCUCCGAGAGGAUGAACUAUGCUACGAAUUACCUCUGGAAGAUCGAACAGAAUAUAUGACUCCAACAGAUAUUGCCAGAUCAAUUUUUCGUACCUUAUAUGAGAUUGCUAGAAGUGCAGUCCCAGGAGCGGAGAGUGAAGCCUCAUGUGUUCUGUUAGUGCCUCGACUCAUGUCUGAUGAAGGCAGGUUCAAGCUGCGAUCUGCAGCGGAGGCAGUAGGAUGGGAUGUAAUGCAUAUAAUCUGUGAACCAGCAGCGGCCAUUCUGGGAUACGACUUGCUCUCAGAUUGCAUAACAAAGAAAGUAUUGGUGUACAGAGUAGGAGGCAGAAGUUGUGACGUAACAUUGAUACAAGUAGACCGAGGAUUUUUGAACAUUCAGGAUACAGAGUACACUGAAGACGUGGGGGGUAAACUCCUCAUAAAUACUCUUACCAAUUACUUGGCACAGGAAUUUUACAGGAAAUACAAGUUGGAUCCAAAAGAGAGUCACAGGUCUCUGACAAAAUUGACACUAGCAGCAGAAAAUUGCCUUCAUGUUCUAUCAUCUAUAGAAUCUGCCAAUUGCUUUGUUGAGAGUUUAUGUGAAGGAGUAGAUUUUAGUCACCAAAUGUCCCGCGCUCGUUUUGAAUCCUUAUUGAACCCGUUCCUUGUUGAAUUUGCCAAACCACUGCAUUCGGUCCUCUCCAGGCAGAAUUUGACUCCUGAUGAUGUUACAAUGGUCUUACUUUGUGGUGGGCCAAUGAAAAUGCCUAAACUGAGAAAGUACAUAUCAGAAAUAUUUCAAGAAUCUAAAACCAAAAUUGUACCGCUGCUGACUGGUGUAAACUAUGACGAGGUGUUGGCCUGUGGUGCUGCUCGCCAAGCAGGCUACAUAGCUGACAACAAUAUGGGCGACAACUUCCUUCCAGAUCAACUUGAAAUUCCCGUUCUGGAAUUUGCUAUCACAAUAAAGGUUGAAGGGGCGCAAUCUGAUCGCCAUGAACUGGAGAGUGGACUUUUUCUCCCCAUCCACAAGACCAUGAGAGUAUCUUCUCCUGAGGAACUGGUCACCCUCACAUUCUCACAGUUUGAAACUGAUCAGACCAUUUUGAGAGGACAGUUGCAACUGGAAGGACUACCUGAUCCAUGUUAUCUGGAGUUGGAAGUAAACAGUGAAGAUGGAUUAAAAGUAGGAGUUCCUGAAGAAGGCGAAGAUUAUCGACAUCACAUCGUGAAGAUGCGCCCAAUUCCUUUAUAACAUGGCUAUUUGUCAAAAUGUUGUGUAAAUAUGUCACCGAUGAAAAGUCAUUAAUAGACCAUCUAAAUUUUGAAUAUAUAUAUUUUUCCAAUUCUAAAGAAAAGACAAUAAUUAAAUGAGAAGAUAUUAGGACCGAGCAAACUAAUAACAGUUCAUGACCCUAAAGAAACAAUGUCCUAUUGUCUAAAAACCAUAUCAGCUGUUAAUGUAAAUUUUAUUUAUAGUUUCAUUGAUUAGUGUUGUAGUUAGAUUUCAUAAAGAAGUCUUAGAAACAAUUUAAAAAUAAACAGUGAGGUUUACCAUUUUUUACCCUUUGAUUAUUUUUUUUCAAACUAUGCUCAUACAUUUUAGUUGUUCAUAAAUAUUAUUUACAAAUCUGUUCUCCUGUUUGUGUUUUGUAUAGGCUAAUAGUACUCCUAUGCUCUACAAAUACACCGUGUCCCAAAGGAAACUGAACAACUUUGUUGGAUUGUAAUUAUUUUAAUUACACACAUAUGGAAAUGUUUUAAAAUAAAAAGUGACACACUUAUUCUUAAGAUAUCAUUAAUAUAAUGUUUGUUAAUGUACUUCAACUUCAACAUUAUUCCCAUUGUUGGCAAAAAUAUAGUCAAUAUGGUUAUCUAUCUUUGACCACACUCUAUGUCUCAUUUCAUCUGUGAUGUUGCUGAAGGCUGCAUUGAUUCUCAAUCUGAAUUCUCGAACAUUGGAUACGACUUGUAAACUUGGUCUUUGACAAAGCCCCAGACAAAAAAGUCACAGGAUGUUAGGUCGGGGGACCGUGGAGGCCAGCGUAUCAGACUGUCCGUCACACCCAAUCCAUUGUAAAGGGAAGGAGUUGUCAAGUGACUCUCUGACAAAAAACUUCCAAUGUGGUGGGGCUCCAUCUUGUUGUAAAAACACAUUGGGCUGUAGGUCUGUUUUCUAGCAUGUCUAGAUAAAUGUUGCCAUUCAACUUGGGGCUUUCUCGAAUAUGUUCUCUUCUCGAAAUUCAUAUGGCUUUUCAAUGCCCCAUAUUCGAAUAUUAUCUUUAUUAACUUUUCCACGAACAUGGAAUGUGGUUUCGUCGGAAAACACUAUCUUUUUUUAAAAGUCAUCAACAAACAUACGAUCAAGCACAGUAGCUGCAAAGUCUUCUUUACAUUUCAGUUUGUCAUCUGGGGUAAUUUGUUGUAAAAUAAACAAUAUAAGCUUUCAUAUUAAGGUUUUUCUUUAGUACUCACUCGGUGAACACUCGAUUUUAACAAAUUUAAUUCACAUGCUGCGAUGCGGACAGAUUUUUGAGGACUAAGAAGGAAUCCUUGAUGCACAUGUUCUACAACUUCAUCUGGGAGCUUAGGCCUACCAUUAACUUUCAAGUGUUUUAUGCUUCCAGUCAAAAUAAACUCAUCAUUCUUGGAUGGUGUUCCUUGAUGAAGGAUGUCGACCAUCGUGUUUUCUAAAUCUUCUUUGCUCUAAAAUAUCAGAUUAUGUUUCAAUGUACCAUUCAACACACUGAGCUUUCGCUUGCACGUUCAUAACGCCUGCCUUACUGUAGGUUAUGUUUUGAUGUUUAAAGGUUCAAAAGACAACAAUGGAUCAGCUGAUACAUGUAAAUCAUGUUAAAAAAAACUAUGAGUUCCUCUAUCAUAUGUCAUUUUCAACAAAUAUCUAUGUACUCCUAAUAGAUUUUUUUCUGCCUCAAAUUGUUCAGUUUUUUUGGACACCUUGUGCAGUGAUUGUUAAUAUCUCAGAAUCUUUAAACUAUUUUUCAAGUAGUUGCCACUUUUAGUAAUGAUAAGUUAAUAGAAAAACCAGGAAUGUUUUUGACAAAAUAAUCACCCGUUCCUAAUUGUAAGCCUUCGACAACUAUAUGCUGGUGUCUGGGCUGUAAAAUUCUGAUAUCAUUAAGAUCUGCUCAAUUAGGAGGAUUACUUCGUUGUGUAAAGUGGAGUGAAGGCGUGGGCUCAGUUGGUAUACGUAAUAAAUAAUGAUCAUGUCACUGCUACUCAGGUUACUACUGAUAAAAAACAUUGUAUUUACAUAGAAUCAUUAAAAUUAUGUAUGAAAAUGUCAGCAGCUAGCAGUUAUGCUAACGAAUAUGAGAAUUACAGGAGUCAAAUACUUCAGGCCUAAGGUAGAAAUCCAAGCCUUUUUUUACCAAUGUACUAUAGUUAUAAAAUAUUAGUUUUUCUUCAUGAGGAGACUUUGUUAUUAUAAUAUUUUACUUGCAACUGGAGGAGAAAGUUACAUUCUCAAGGUUCCUUUGUUUAAGUUUUUUUUAUGAAUAAAUUGUAAACAAUGUA